AUGAGCACCGGAGCGAAGAAGCGUAUUAUGAAGGCAAGCCACUAUAUGGAGGCCGGCGCAGAAGUAAUCAUGCUAACAGGGCCACAGGAGUACGGCGAGUGCAUGGCUGACACACCGCCGGGUAUGAAGAUCAACUUCGACGAGCAGAACAUGACUAAGUGGGAGGUGUUGAUGGACGGGCCAGCCCAGUCGGCGUAUGCUGGCGGCCACUUCAAGCUCGAGAUUACCUUCCCGACCGAAUACCCCUUCAAGCCACCCGUCGUCAGCUUCCGAACCAAGAUCUACCACCCCAACGUCAGCAACGACGACAAGGGGUCCAUGUGCCUGGGUCUGCUGCGCGCUGACGAGUGGAAGCCGCCAAACAAGGUGGUGUCCGUCCUGCGCCUCAUCCAGACGCUGCUCAUUGAGCCCAACCCGGACGACGCCAUCGAGCCGUCCAUCGCCAACGAGUACCGGGAGAACCGCAAGGAGUUUGAGAAGAACGUAAAGGACUGGGUCAAGCGCUAUGCCAAGUGA